GCCGCGUAUAUAAGCGCGGCCCGGGCCUCUUCCUCGGAGUGCCGCCAGGAGAGUCGACGCGGGAGAGCGUGCGGCCGCCUCCGUGCUACCCGAGCUGCGAGCGCGCUGCGAGAUAGAGCCGAGUACGCGGGCCGGCCAUCAUGUCACGUUACGGGCGGUAUGGAGGAGAAACCAAGGUGUAUGUUGGCAACCUGGGAACUGGUGCUGGUAAAGGCGAGUUAGAAAGGGCAUUCAGUUACUAUGGACCCUUAAGGACCGUAUGGAUUGCCAGAAAUCCUCCAGGAUUUGCCUUCGUGGAAUUUGAAGAUCCUAGAGAUGCAGAAGAUGCAGUUCGAGGAUUGGAUGGGAAAGUGAUUUGUGGUUCUCGAGUGAGAGUUGAAUUAUCAACAGGCAUGCCUCGGAGAUCUCGAUUUGAUAGGCCACCUGCCCGACGUCCCUUUGAUCCUAAUGAUAGAUGCUAUGAGUGUGGUGAAAAGGGACAUUAUGCUUAUGACUGUCAUCGUUAUAGCCGUCGAAGAAGAAGCAGGUCACGAUCUAGAUCACAUUCCCGAUCCAGGGGAAGGCGAUAUUCUCGCUCACGAAGCAGGAGCCGGGGAAGGAGGUCAAGAUCAGCAUCCCCUCGAAGAUCAAGGUCUGUGUCUCUUCGUAGAUCAAGAUCAGCUUCACUCAGAAGAUCUAGGUCUGGUUCUAUAAAAGGAUCGAGGUAUUUCCAAUCACGUUCCAGGUCAAGAUCAAGAUCCAGGUCUAUUUCACGGCCAAGAAGCAGCCGAUCAAAAUCCAGAUCUCCAUCUCCCAAAAGAAGUCGUUCCCCGUCAGGAAGUCCACGGAGAAGUGCAAGUCCUGAAAGAAUGGACUGAAGUUCUCAGAUUCACCCUUUAGGGGGAAGUUUUGUUUACAUUAUUAUAAGGGAUUUGUUAUGUCUGUAAAAUGUAACCUAGGAAGGAUCACCAACCAUCUAAUCAAAAUGGAUCUGGGUUAUUAUAUUGCUCUGUAAAAUUCACAGCAGUUAAAUAUGUUUUUGUUGAAUGUAUAUUAACAUCUUAUGGUCUGAAAAUGUGGGUUUUUAUUUGGCACAUUUAAAUAAAAUGUUUCUAACUAGAUUUUUGAUUUGUGUUCAAUAUUAAUAUUUUUCAAUUUGGUAACAUCAGGUGUCAAAAUGUUGUCUAUAUUGGCCUAUAUUCAAAGUUUAAUGGUGUUGGUUAAACAUUAAAAAUCAUUAACUGUUCUAUACAUAACACUGGCCAGGAUCUUAAAGGACUUUGAAAAUUCCAUUUUACCCUUGUACCCUUGGGUUAAAUGAUCUUGAGUCCUGUUAAUAGCAUGAAUGCAUCAUGGCAGAUCCCUAACUAAUUGAGAAUUGAUGUUAACUAGAAUUCAAGCUAACAAUCUCAAAUUGUCAAGCUGGAGGGACCAUUGAUUUAGCCUAUAAAUGGGUAUAUGACAGGAACUUAGCAUAAAUGUCGUUAAGUAGGAAGAAACUGAUUUCUAGAGGCUGAGAUUUUAGUAACUUUGGGGUGAUUUUUGCUCAAUGUACUUUUUUUUUCUUUCAAACAGCCAAUUUAAUACCAAAAAUGCAUGUUUGAAGAAUUGUCUGAAUUUGGAACAAAACCUUGUAAACCAGCUUUGCAAAAUUACUCAACCCCAAUACUCUAUAUUGCCUUAUCCUGUGCAAAAACCUGUUAAUAUCUGAAUUAGAUUUUGCAGUUUGACAACAUUGUUCUAUUUUGCCAAGCUGGUAUAAAGAGAUGUUAAGAAAAAGUGUUAAUGAGACAAAGCAGUUUUGUAAACCUUACAUAUUUAGCAGCAUUUCAUGUAGCUUUUGUUUUUUGCUUUUUGUUUUUAGUAGUAUCUGGUAGACCUUAGAAUGGUGUAGAUUCUUAUUCAGACUUUAAGCAGUAACAGUCCUUUUCGAGUUUUUUGGACAAACUUUUUACUAUAUUUCUUAGCCUUGGUGUAAAAACAAGUAGCACAGGAGUCUGUCCUUGUUCAUUUUAGGCUUUUUCAACAGUUGUCUAAUGGUAUUGCAACUUGAAUACUGGUCUGCCUCAACUUUAUUGACUGGUCACUAGUAUGUUGGAAUUCAUUUGGAUUCUUUUGUUUUUAGAAUUUGAUUGAAUACAUGGUGGUAUGAAGCUAUGUGUGUAACGGGCAGACUUAUCUGUUGCACUUGGUUAGCUUUAAUUCUGUAUUCAAUGAAAAUUAAUUUGUUCAACAAUAAAUCUGUAGAGAUUGAACAAAUAA